UGUACCAGUGAGCCAACCACCACGUGUAGUCCCGGCGGCGACGUUCCCUCCGCUGUGUUUCCAGAUCAACGCGCUCCCCCCGCCUGGUCAGCUGUUCUACUUCGCCUAUGGAGCUGACAUGAACCCCGACAGAAUGGCCACGUACCUCGGAAGCGAGAUUGAGGAAAGGCGGUGGGGUCUCCUGUAUGGGUUCGACAUCCUGUUCAACAAGAAAGGUUUUGACCGAGCUGCCGGCAGCUUCCCCAACAUCGAGUUCAACCCUUUGCGGUCUGUGGAGGGCUGUGUGUACGUCAUGACACAGGAACAACUCAGCGUGCUGGACAGUCACAUGGGGUAUCCACAGCAUUACGCCAAGGCUAUGCUACCCGUGUGGGUGUCUAACUGUGCCGACCCGACCGCUCUGGGAGUCGCGCAGUUCUGUGUUCCUGCUGUCAUGUACAUCGCUCAGGACGAAUGGACAGCAUGA